AUGGAUAAAGAAUAUUUUCGUUUCUAUAUUAAAGUGCGUACUGCACUUAAUAUCGAACCGAUAGUUAUUCAUAAUGAAUUAAGCACCGUAUUUGGUGAUAAAGCUCCUCCUCUUCGAACUGUUCAACGAUGGUCAAAAUGGUUUCGUGACGGUCGAGAAGAUGUUGAAGAUGAAGAAAGACCUGGAAGACCAAUGACAGAGACAACAACUGAAAAUAUUCGACAAAUUCAAGAUCUUAUUAACGAAGAUCCGUAUGUUACGGUGAAUGAACUUGAAGAAGAAACUGGUAUAAGUCAUGGGACCAUCCAACGAAUCAUUUCUGAUCAUUUGCAAUUGAAAAAAAUCACUGCAUGUUACGUUCCUAAACAUUUGACAAACUUUCAAAAGGCUGAACGAGUACGAAUAUGUCAAGAAAACUUGUUCAAAUUUGAACAAGAUGUUUGGAGAUUAUGUGACGUGGUGACAGGCGAUGAAUCAUGGUUUUUUCACAAGCAAAUUGGCCGAAAAUCAUCAAAUGCCGCUUGGGUAGCACGUGGAGAUCCUCCUCCAACGGUGUCAACUGGUCCACUUUUGAUCCAUCUUGUUAAACCUAGACAGACGAUUGAUCAUGAUUAUUAUAUUGAUAAUUGUUUGCGACCAGUUAUUGAUGAAGUUAAGACACAACGGCCUGUAUUGGGUGUUCAAUCAAUUAAAUUACUUCAUGAUAACGGAAAACCACAUAUUCAUAAGGAUGUUAUUAAUUAUCUGCAGUCGGAAGGUGUAGCAAUAAUGCCACAUCCACCCAAUUCGCCAGAUUUGUCACCAUGUGACUUUUAG